AUGGCAGAAACAUCAGGAAAGCUGAUGCCUUAUUUUGGAAGAAGUGCUAGCAAUUCACGUGCAGUGCUUCCCUGGAGUAACUUAAGUAAAAACAGAGGACAGGGAAGCCGAGAUGAUGAAUUUGGGCUUCAACAGGUUCACCAUUACAGAUCUAACCCUGUAACUGCAGCAAGCUUUGGAGCCAAAGCUUUUGCUGCUGCAGCAAGCGUUUUCCACUAA